AUGAGUUAAUUUAGAUUUGAGAUCGUUAACUAUGCCAUCUGUUUAAUUAAAGUUCAUGAUUUGCAUUUUUAAGUAUUCAUUUUCUUUUACUUUUUCUGUUAAUUUAAAAACUAAAUUUUGACUCUCUUACUAUAUUUAAGCAAUUUGUUGCUUGAACUAGUUAUUAUUCAAUAAAUUUUGUCUUUCGUUAUUCAAAUUAUUUAUUGCUUACUCUUACUAUUGAAUCACCUAUUGUAAAUUUAAUAGCAUUUAUUCAUUUUGAGAAUUUUGUUAGGCCACUAUUUGCAUUUCUUCUAAUUUUUAAUUUUAUUCAUUUAUCUUUUGUUUUAGCUAAGAUAUUUGCUGUUUGCUUUCCUAGAUUUCAUUGUAUUCUUUUAAUAGAUGAUCAUAGCUUUUUUCAAGUUCUUAAAAUUUAUUAACAAAUUAUUGAUGUUUCUCUGCAUCAAUCAGCUAACGCUAUUUCAAAGAAUUAUAUUUUUAUUUGUAAUUCUUCAUUUAUUCCUAACAUUCAUUAAAUUCUUCUUCUUUUCUACUAUGUAUUAAGGAAUUCGAUUUUAACUCAUCAUAAGCUAUUUAAGCGUCUUUAAGUUGCUUUUCAAUGAAUUUGCUUUACUGGUGAAGACUCAUUAUUUCAUUAGUUGCAUCUUAAAGUUGCUAAUUGAUCAAUUAAUUUUAUUGUUGUAAACUUUCAUUUUUUUGAGUUAUUUAUUUCAGUAAAUUUUACAGACGACCAUUUUCUUCACCUUCUAGUUCUUUCUCUUUGAGAGCAUUUAAUAAUUUUUCAUUUUCUUAGUACAUUUCCUUAAAUUGUUAUGCUAAGUCAGUAUUUUCGUUUCUAAUAGCUUCUAUCUCAUCCAUAUUUUAUGUUAAUCUUAAUAAUUUUUGAUUCAGAGUUUCUUUUUCUACUCUAUAUAUUUCAACAUUUUCUUAAAGAGAUUAGUUCUCCUAAAUUAAUUUACUUUGUUGAGCUUUUAAUUCUAUUUCCUUUCUUUUAUUUUCAGUUUAAAUUUCUUACAUUUAUGUCAUAUUCUCUAAUAUCGAGGUAUUCAGUAUGUCUAUUUGUUUUGA